CUCAAAAUAGUAACUACUUGUUCAACUUCUGGCAUUUACCGCUAAUAAACCUACUAGUCUUCUCUCUCAAUCCCUCGUCUUCACCUCAAACACUUAAACUCUCGUAGUUACAUCUCUUUCUACCCAAAUAAACACGCAAACUCACUUAAUCAGCCAUGUUCAGGGCAGUUCUUGCUCCUCCUAUGAGGCACCGUCAGCGGUGGCAAGAGAGCUGGGCGCGCUUAAUACCCCCUUUGACCUUAUGGAUAUGUGGCAUUUACUGUGAGUCUAAGAUAUGGGUACUAUGGGGAUUGUCGCAUGGUGCUUGGUCCCAGCGCUUCAAGGUUGAUGAAAGCAAGUUCUGUAUUCGUUAAGCAGGUUGAAGUAAGAGAUGAUGACAAGAAAGGGGUUCUUCUUUACGGGUUUUGUGAGAAGCCUGAAUUGAGUUUUGAAACCAAUUGGAGUGUUUCGAAAGUUUUGAUUGUUGGAUCUUACAGGCGCAAGGGAUUUUCUUUGUGGUUGAACGAAGGCUCCAGGAUCCGUAUGAGAUUUGAAACUCAGAGUAGAAGCCUAAAUCAACUCCAACUGGUUAUGAUUAAGGGAGAACGGAAAUUCCAAACAUUGCUGCCGAAACUCACUAGUUCCUCAGAAUCCCUUGCCCUCACCGACAUAGUAGCCGUUCAUGUUGCUGAAUACACUAUUGAAGAAGAUGACAGGUACUACAUUGGUGUCAUUAAUGUGAAUCCCAAAAGCGUUAUAAUGACAAUGACUGUAAAUGUUACAUCCAAAAUGUAUGAUCUAACCAAAGCAAAGAAUGUGUGCUCGACGUUAAAGGGAUUGUGCCGGCUCCAACUCUUGUUUCCGAACACUCAUUAUGUCAUAUUGACAACACCAAACAAUGGGGAUCUAGAUGAAUGGUACAUUGAACUAUCUUUUGUUGCUCGUGUCAUAACCUACAUAGCAGCUUUAGGAUUUAUCAUAAUUAUUAUUUUUCUGCUACUGAAGUUUGUUCAAGCAUGUGAUGGUGAGAAUGACUUGGUAGCUACAAGAGAAAUAUCUGGGACUGACCCUAUAAUACCUGUGAAGCCAGUUCAAUACACAUAUGGAACAAAUCAAGAAGAUGAUGAUUCAGGAUCAUCUACUAGCUCUUCAGAGGAUUUGUAUGAUGCAAAAUUAUGUGUUAUAUGUUAUGACGACCAGCGCAACUGUUUCUUUGUUCCAUGUGGGCACUGUGCAACCUGCUACGACUGUGCUCAGAGGAUCGUGGAGGAGGAUAGUAAAAUGUGUCCAAUAUGUCGCAGACUUAUUCACAAAGUUAGAAGAUUAUUUAACCCAUAGAGCUAAAAAAAGCUAGGAAAAUUGUGUGAUUGUGUCUGAGAAGAGAUUUGAUUUUUUUUCCUGGAAAGAUCAAGGGCUUUUAGUUUUUUGCACAUAGAGUCCCUAGCUUAGUUUCUUAAAUUGUCAGUUGGUUAUUUGCUUCUUUGGAUCAAGCUACAAGGUCAUGGAUGACUGAAUGAAGGUGCUGAAGUUGGAAAAAGCGUUUUUAUGGUCUUGUAACGCAUCUUUGUAACAUUAUCACCAAUUUGUCUCCAAAGAAGAUUGUAAUUUCUCCAAUGUUUACUCCAUUUCUGAAAGGGUUUGACUCA